AUGUCCCAAAGAUCCAUUAUCACACCUGUUAAGACUGCCAACGCCCCACCACCAGCAGCUUCUUACAGCCAGGCUAUCAAGGUAAACGGUUUCAUUUACGUAUCGGGCCAAAUCCCUUACACUCCAGAAAACAAGCCUUUGCCAGGCAAGCCUACUAUCGCGGAGCAAGCCGAGCAGGUGAUCCAGAACGUGAAAAACAUUUUGGAGGCGUCCAACUCGUCGUUGAACCACAUCAUCAAGGCCAACAUUUUCUUGACAGACAUGGACACCCAAUUCGCCGAGUUCAACGGCGUUUACGGAAAGUACUUCAACGACCAUAAGCCAGCCAGAUCUUGCGUUGCCGUCAAGCAAUUGCCUUUGGGCGUAGAGUUGGAGAUGGAAGUUGUGGCGAUCGACAAGGACGCCAGCAAAUUGUAA